AUAUCUCUGAGCAGUCUUCAAAAAAAUAGGCAUAUGAUCACAGAAAAUAGUUGGACAAAAGUGGUCAAAAGUAAAAUAAAGAUGGAUUUUAUGAAUCGAAGAUAGAGGACGCUACGUUAGUGAAAAGAGGAGAGGAGGACGCCGCUCUGUAAAUGUAGCGUCCAAUGAAGUGUAUCAGCUUGGCGACGAAACACACAAGUCCGAAAGCCAAAAGUUGAACGUUGAACUGAGAAGAGCAUAAAGCAAAUAAAAUCAUUGUAUUUACUAUCUUACAUAUCUUUCCGAAUCCGCAACUGCAAUAAAAACAUCGAAUCUAAAGAAAGGAUAGCAUCGUCGUUUUAUUCUUUUACACUAAGAGUGUGUGCUGUGCCUGUGUGUGAGUGUGGGUGUGCUGUGAAGUUGCGACAAAUAGAUGAAGAGGACGGAGCAAGACAAAAAAAGAUACAUUUAUCAAUGUUGAUCCUUCGCAUCGGAAAAUAGUUUGUCGAGUACAGAUAGCAUCUGUAUCCAUGUAAAUAGUGUAUGUUCUUAGGUUUUUUACCGUGAUUGGUGUUGGCACGUUUCGGAGGACGCUACUUUUUUCGUAUAUAUAGAACGAGGCAGGUGGAUUUAUCGAAUCGUAGCGUGCGCGCGGGGGGGAAGGAAAAGAAAAGAAAAAAGCAGCAGCAAGUGGUCAACGAGUCUCGUCCCGUUGCGACAAGAACGUGCAAGAAAAAGGGGACCGCCCCCUGCCCCCCCAGAGUGAAUAGUCGAGCGAUAUGGCAAGGGUAAUGCGUCAGUGCAACGGGCCACGAGUAUUUAGUGACUUAACGGUAUCUUCACGAUGAUUGAAUUUUCGUGAUUCUUUCAAUUCCUUUUGUUGUUCUUUUCGUGUGCGUCUUGUGCGGUUUGCAUGCCUGUGUGUCUCUCGUUCUCUUUUGCCCGAUUACAAAAGGGACUCGAAAGAGACUUUUUACGGAAGCCUAAAAAAAUUACGGAGAAACUCGGGGGAAAGGAACUUGGGUGAAAACAAAGCGUGGGUGGACCGAUGCAACAUUUUACAGCGUGAAUGCGCGCGCGGUCAUCCCUCUCUCUUUAUCGUUCUCUCACUCGCUCCUUCUCGAUUCCUUCUUUCUCCCAUUCUCCUUAGUCGCUCUCGGUUAGCGCGCGCGUAAGUGUUUGCAUAACAACACAAAUUCGAUUAAUUAACCUCGCCGGCCUCUCAAAUUUUAUCGUCGAAUUUUUUUCGGCCGAAACAUUUGAGCUUUUUUUCAUUUUCACGACGCGCCGAAUUCGUAUGGUUUCUCGCACUUUUACCGUACGCUUGGCACCCCACGCGUGCCUACGUGCAUCUUAAAGUGGGUCCUCUCAUCUUCUCGGCAUUCACUGUCUCAGCAAAAUUGGGUCUACCGUCGACCCCACGAUGGUGAUACGAUCCGAUGGUGGCAGCAACGAGAGCCCUCUACUCGUAGCAGAGGGUGGGACGGUGGGACAGCCUCACAGUCCUCACAGUAAACAGAGUCACAAUCACUCUCAUGUUAAUCCACAUGGAGGUCACAGUCACAAUCACGAUAAGCCGAAGCAGCUCAUCAAAUAUGGGGAAUUAGUCAUUUUGGGUUACAAUGGAUUUUUACCGCCGGGUGAUCGUGGACGGAGACGGAGCAAAUUCGUUCUCGUAAAAAGGCCAACACCCAACGGAGUCAAAAGAAGUAAACAUUACGUAGUCAAGACUCCUCACAGUUCCCAAGCUAUAUUGAAUACCCAGCAGCACUCCAUCUCGUACACGCUAUCGCGCACCCAGGCCGUUAUCGUUGAAUACACAGAGGACGAAGAUACCGACAUGUUUCAAAUUGGUCGGUCGUCCGAAUCACCGAUCGAUUUUGUAGUUAUGGACACUUGCCCGGGUGGGAGCGACACGGGACCAGCGAGCGAAAACCGAGUCGCCCAAAGCACCAUCAGCAGGUUCGCUUGCCGAAUUUUGACGGAUCGAUCGGAUCCUCGGGUAGCGAGAAUUUACGCCGCCGGUUUCGACAGCUCGAGAAAUAUUUUUUUAGGGGAGAAAGCGACAAAAUGGCAAGAAAAUCACGAAAUCGACGGUCUGACGACAAACGGAGUUUUAAUAAUGCAUCCACGCGGCCAAUUUUGCGGAGGCGAAGCCCAAUGCGGGUUUUGGCGCGAGGUCAGUGUCGGAGGUGGAGUUUUUUCCUUGAGAGAGAGCCGCAGUGCUCAACAGAAGGGCAACGUCGUCGAGGACGAGGACAAUGUUCUUCAGGAUGGAACCCUCAUCGAUCUUUGUGGCGCCACGUUACUUUGGCGAUCGGCCGAAGGUCUUUCCAAAUCCCCCACGAAACACGAUUUAGAGGAAUUGGUCGACGCGAUUAACGCUGGCAGACCGCAAUGUCCCGUCGGUCUAAAUACUCUCGUAAUACCUCGAAAGGCCGCCGCCGACUCGGCUCAACAACAGCCUUACGUUUAUCUUAGAUGUGGCCACGUUCAAGGCCAUCAUGACUGGGGCCAGGAAAAAGACAAAGCGACGAGGCGAUGUCCCAUGUGUCUCAUUGCCGGUCCGAUUGUUAAAUUGUGCAUGGGCAUCGAGCCCGCUUUCUACGUUGACAGCGGCCCACCCACUUAUGCCUUUAGUCCUUGCGGUCACAUGGCUACGGAAAAAACCGUCAAGUACUGGGAAAAGGUUGCGAUUCCGCACGGCACAAAUGGAUACAUUGCGAUUUGUCCUUUCUGCGCAGUUCCUUUGGAAGGCUCACCCGGAUACGUAAAGCUAAUCUUUCAAGACAACGUAGACUAAAAGAAACGAAAAAAAUUAUUUAACAAUCCACCGAACAACAUUCUUUUUCACCGAGCAAAUGAGCGUGCGUACCUAAGUAACUUUCGUAACUCAAUUCCUGAUCGCAAUACACGCCAAAGAUAAUUGAAUCCAUUUUUUUAUUGUCUUCCAUCAACGCGAUUCUUAAAUUUCCGAACAUUUGUCCAUUCAUGUCCGUACUGCUACCGCGAAAAAUCAUACAAUUUUCAUUUUUUUUCAGUACGACCAUGAAUUUAUUUAUUUUUAUACCAAUUUCAGUUUCAACAUUUUCUCGGAAACUUUUUUUCUUAUUGGAUGUCAAAGGGAUAUUAACAACUCGAAAAUCAUGGGGAAACAGGAUCGAAAACGACUCAGAAAUUUACGAAAUAAAAUUCAAAAGCACGUCUUUGAAUUCGAGGGAAAAAGUUUUCUCGCAUGCGAUCAAUUUGACAAAAAUAAACUGUAUUUUGCAGGUGCAGCUAAAUUGGGCAAUAUGGUAAUAACUACGAACAAGGACAGAGAAUUUUACCAAAAAUCAAAUGAAAAAUUGCAAAAAAAAAAUAUAAAAAAAGUAAAUCUGAAAAAAAGCACGUAACGAAUGAUAAUUCAAGUAAAAGACUGCUUAAAGUAUUGUGCGUGGAGGAAAAUUUCAUGUCGCUAAUUGACAUAAAGUUUUUUUUUAUUAAUUUAAAUUAAAUUAAACUAAAAUUAUAAAUAGUAA